ACACGAAUUAUACACUGAGCCCUGUGUUUUCGUUUACCUUAUUUCUUAAGAUGGUGUAGAAUAAAAGGGUGGCUGAUGUUACUCAAUGCAACCAUUUUCUGAAAUGGGAAGGGUUUAUGUGUACAGGGUUUGACGAUGAUGCGACUGUGGAACUGGGGCAUCCGUGGGAUGUCGACCGGCGUUGACAAAUCUUUGUUGAGCAAACUCCGCAAGAAAACAGGAUUUCCAUUCAUCAACUGCAAGAAGGCACUGGAGCAAUUCGAUAACGACAUUAAGCAGGCAGAGAGCUGGUUGAAGGAACAGGCUCAAAAAGAAGGCUGGGCCAAGGCGACCAAGUUACAGACACGCCCCAUGUCCCAGGGUUUGGUCGGCAUGAUAACCAGGGACAAGUCGGCGACCAUGAUAGAGGUGAACUGCGAGACCGAUUUUGUUGCGAGAAAUACAAAAUUUAUCAGUUUAGUAGCUGAACUGGUUAAUGUGUGUCAGAACCAGUUUGCCAGCGGCAACAGUAAGAAGAUUUCUCUGUCGAAGUCUGAAGUGGGCGAGCUGAGAUCGCCCGACAACAAGACACUGGCCGACUUGGUGGCGCUUGAAGUAGGCAGUAUCGGAGAAAACAUGGCGCUACGUCGAGUUGUUCAUCUGCAGGCUUCGCCCUCGUCUGAGAUCAAAACUUACAUACACGUGUCAGGUCCUCAGCUGAACACUAACACUGACUGUGUGGUUGGCAAAUUCGGUGCUUUGGUGGAACUGGACGCAUCUGCAUGCAAUCUUGACCCUGCGUCACUGUUGGAAAUUUCAAACGAGCUGUGUCAACACAUCGUUGGGAUGAAUCCGCAGACGAUCGGACGGAUAGACGAGUGUGAAUCGAGGCAAAACAAAGCCGAAGAAAUGACGCAGAACAAAAGUGAAGAAAUGACGCAAAACAAAAGUGAAGAAACGACGCAGAAUGAAAAUGAAGAAACGCCCCUAGAAACGAAAGAUGAAGAAAAGACGAAGAUUAAAGAGGAAGAAAGCAGACUGGUUUGUCAGGAGUUUUUACUGGAUUCAUCAUGCACUGUCGGAGACAUUCUCAAAGAGAACAAUCUGGUAAUUAAAGACUUUGUGCGUUUUGAAUGCGGAGAGGAGUUACCAGAAGAUGAACAGUAGAUUUGAGACGAAGUUAAAGGCACUUGUCCCCAAUUUCUAGCCAUUGUAACUAGUGUUCUGGUAACAUAGCCUGUAUUUUGAGUAAAGAUUGCACUACACCAAA